AUGAAUAACCCAGGUCAACAAAUCCGAUCGGAUUCUUGGGAACGGAAUUGCAUUGGAAUCCGACUAGAAAAAUCCCGUCGGUUGUUGNCACGAUGGAUUCAAACAAAACAAAAUUCGAUUAAAUUUAUUAAUACAAAUAUUCUUUAUGAACAAUCAUUUAAACAAAUUCAUCUCAUAUUUUUUUGUUAUUCAACUUCAACAUUUGUACAUUGGAUUUUAUUUCAUAAUAAUGAUAUUCAACAAAAAUCACCAUGUUCAACACAAAUUCAAUUAAUAGAUGAUCUAUUACGAGAUGAAUCUCAAAUAUUAACAAGAAAUCAAACUAUUAAUUCAAUAAAACAAAAUGAAAAACAACAUUCAAAUCAAUAUAAUAUUACAUCAAUUGUUGUGAUAUUUUUCAUUAUUAUAUCAAUAUUUGUUGGUAUUUAUUAUUAUCAACAAUGGAAAAAGUCCGAAAAGUUUAAUAUUGAUAUUGAUACGAUAAUGAGUGAAAGUGAACAAUCAAUCAUCGAUUAA